AUGAUUCUACCGUACUUGGUAACAUUUUUGUUACUUUUAGUACCGCCUGUCACUUCAUCAACGGCUAACAUCUCGUCGCUGAUUGAGGCACUUGGACCCAAUAAAUUAUGCUCAGUUUAUGAUCCAUUCAAAGUUUUGCCCGAAAAUAAUAAGUUCCAAAUUGGCGGUAGCUUCCCACUUCAUCAAGACGAUUGUACUACUCUUCGACCAGACACUGUCCAAGAAAUCGUCGCAAUUCAAUGGGCGCUCACUCACUGGAAUCAGAAAGAUGAGAACGGAGAUUGUAAACUUGGCCUUUAUGCUGGAGAUACCUGCUCGCGGUCAGCCGAAUCGCUUUCUCAAUCUCUUCGAUUCUUAGAUUCUGUUGGUUAUCAUGAGCCAAAAGAGUGUAGAACAGAGACUCCAGGAGCUAAAUUAUUAGGAUUAAUUGCACCAAAAGACUACGAAUCAUCAAUGUCUCUCGGAAAAUUCCUGUCAGUUUCUGCAAUUCCAGUGGCUGCGUAUUCAUCAGAAUCAGUGAAUGCUUUGACAGAACUUGACGUUGAGAAUACAAUUGCCACGUCACCAACCAUCGGAGUUUAUGUUGAAGCAUUGAUUAGAUUGAUGAAUCAAAUGAGAAGUAAUCUGGUUACUGUAGUGGAUGAUGGAUCUCAAAACCCUGUAACCAAAAGAGUGAUCUCAUACCUCCGUGACGCCGAUAUCUUUGUUUCUGAAUCCAUUCCAAUCGACCACCCAUUUUUGGCUCAAGCUCUUGAAGACAGUGAUUCAUCCAUUGUCGUCAGUAUUCUAAACAAGAAACAAUUGACGAAAACAGUCCGUCAUCCAUCAAUUUACGCAAUGUCAAAGAUGUGGAUCUCGAUUCCAACUGAAGGAGAAGCUCUCGAUGAAUCAGAACAACUUGAGUUGCUGCAUAAAAAGGCGAAGCUAGAAGUCGUCUCUCUUCAACCAAAAUACAAAGAACUUCCACAAUUCCGUGAUUAUUUCAUUCGAGUUCUUCGUAACAACUUCAAGAAUUAUCAACUUCUGACGUCAUAUAUUGAGCAAGUCUAUAAUUGUACAAACGAAGACUGUGAUCUGGAUAAAGAUGUAAUGAUGAAGAGUUAUGUUCAAGCAAGAACCGCGGAAGCAUCGAUCAGAAUGACUUAUGCAUUUGCGGCAGUUGCUCAAAUCAUUGGAGCAAACAAACAGUAUGAGAAAACGUGUUCGCAUGCUUCAUCAGAAUGCACCGAGUUGAUAAUGGAGACAUUGGAAACCAUGAAUUACGCAUUCAACAAACAGGAUCCACCAGAGUUCGCAGGAGAACGUCUUCAAUUUUAUCGAGGAACUGAGAAUAUUCUUCUUGCUUCUGGAAUGCAAGUUGAAGCAAUCGAGAUAUAUAAUCAAGAUGAGGAGCCAGUGACUUCCCGUCUUCUGAGUUUCACAACUGGAUCACCACCGACUGUUAUCAUGUCUUCUUUGAGAUCUGCCGAUCAGAGACUCCGAUCAAUUUGUGCUCCGUAUAGACCGUUCUGUGGACAAUGUCCAAAUCUUCAGAAUGUAAAUGCUGAUCACCACUUCCUGUCGAUUCCACGUCACUACCCUCUCUAUCUCGUAGGACUUUUUGAUCUACACAGUGGCCAAACGUGUCAAUCAAUGGCCCACACUGAUAUAUCUCUUCCGAUGGCGUUUGUCCACACUGUUUGGACAUUCAAACAACGAUUCCCACAACUUGGAUUGCUCAAAGAUCUUGACUUCGGAGCUCUCCUCAUCGACAGUUGCUCAUCUGGAAAACAGGCAAUCGAGUCAGUUGUUAGAUCAGAGACUCAAUGUUUCCGAUUCAAUCAAGCUGGAAGAAACAUCACAAUUGUUCCGAAAUCAGUGUUUGGGUAUGCGAGUGCACUUCAUGGAGAUUCACAGGAGUCACUCAAGGGAUACUUCUCUUCAGGAGAUACAGAUGCAGCUCUUGUUUCUGUUGAUUCUGAACAUUCAGCACUUCAAAGAUCUUUCACUGCUCUUCCAUCAUCCAGAAAUCAAGCAUUGGCACUUCUGAAACUCCUCAAUAGAAUGCAAUGGCAAUUUGUGACUGCUGCUUUGAGUGAACAAGAUCCAGAAUCCUUGUCUCUAUUCAGAAGUUUUGAACGUCUUGCUCUUGAUCGCGGAGUUUGUUUGGCUGAAGUCAUCAAUAUUGGAGGAUCUUCUCGUUUGGAUAAUGUCAGAAGUACCACCAACGUCACCAUUAUCUUCGCGACCGCCCGUAAUGCAGCUGACUAUUUGAUUGCCUCGAAAACACGUGGAAACCAUGUGAAUGUAAUGAUGGGAGAUGCUCAUGAUUGGUAUCUACAUGCACCAAAUAACAAGGAACAGUUCCCCGGAACAGUCUCAGUUCAACCAAGAAAUAUCUUGUAUGGAGAUUUCCGUGAAUGGCUUGAGACAACCACUCCAUUGACUCUUCCAGAGCUUUGGUAUUGGUCUUAUAUUGAGUCAAGAUAUGGAUGUGCUCUCAGUCAAAAGAGUAAAGUUAUCUAUGGAAAAAUGUGUACUGGAGAUGAGUUGCUGAAGAUUGAAUCUCUUGGACGCAUGACGAAGGCCGGAUACCUAUCUCGUGGAAUUGAACGUUUCCUUUUUGCCAUGGACUCCGUCUACAAGAGUUUGUGCCCAGCUCAAAAUGGUCUCUGCCUUGAAUUCUACGAACAAGGACGUAAGCAGAUUCUGACCCAACUUAAGAAGACGUCAACUGAAGAUGAUGUGGAAAUUUAUGAGUUCCUUCCGGACAUUAACAACCAAUUCACCUAUCAUCUUAUUGCUAACUGGACAUUGACAACUGGAUUGAGAAUGACAAAUCAAUAUAGAAACGGAAAUGGAAAGACAACUGAAAGCAAGUGUCAACCACCGAUGUGCAAGUGCUUCCUCGAUGGAGACUUCUUCCAGCGUCCACUCGAUUCAUUCGUAUUCCGUCCAGAUGAACCGGAAGGAAGUGAUCAAUCUUCGUAUAUCAAGAGACAACCAGCAUUUGGAUCUGAAAAGAUUGAAUAUCAAUCAGUAUUCGAACACAUAACAACUGGGCAUUGGAGAGAUCAUCCACAUAACUAUGUCCUUCUUGCACUCAUCUCAAUUCUUGUUGUAGUGGCUGUGGCCGUUCUAGUUUUAGUUCUAGUCAAGCUCUACCUUCGAGUCGUGAAAGGAAAUCAAUCAUUGGGUAUUUCUCUGCUCAUUGGAAUCAUCAUUCUAUACUCAACUGCAUUCUUCUUCGUUUUCGAUCCAACUGAUUCAGUGUGCAGAUUGAGAGUUAUUCUUCAUGGACUUGGUUAUACUAUCUGUUUUGGAGUAAUGAUCGCCAAAGCAACUCAACUCCGAAACGCUGAGACACUUGGAUUUGGAACAUCAAUUCAUAUCUCUUUCUGGAACUAUUGGCUUCUUCUCUUUUUCAUUGUUGGAGUACAGAUUGCUCUGUCGAUUAGUUGGUUCCUAGAACCAUUCAUGUCAACUAUCGGAGUAAUUGACACAAAUGUACAGAGAAUGAUGUGUACAAUGGGAAAAGUGGAAUUUGUCGUUUCCAACUUCUACGUGAUGAUUCUUAUUCUGAUGGCUCUUUUCAUCAAUAUGCUCAACAGAAAUAUCAAAAGAAACUACAAAGAAACCAAGUGGUUACUCUACUCAACAGUUGGAUGUUUCUUCACUUGGGUUGCAUGGAUUACUCUUUAUUUAGUACUUGGACAUGAGUUCAGAGACACUGUUAUUGUCGUUGAACUCGUUGCUUGUGCCACAAUCCUUCUUGGAUUCCUUUUCGGUCCAAAAAUUUAUAUUCUUCUUUCCUAUGAACCAGUUGUAGUUGCAUUCAAGAGAGAUCCAUUCCCAAAUCAUACUGAUCUCUUCGAAAAAGACGAUGAUCUUCCAUCGCAACGUGCCGUCUCCCCGGCAUCAUCCACGUCUUCUUCAUCAAAUCGAUCGUCAUCUGGAUCCUCAUACACGUCAUCAUCAAAACGACCAGUUAAUGCAGUUGGUCCAUUGCCAUUGCAAAGGAAUAUUGAGGAUCAGUCUCCAAUAUUUCAUACUGUCAUGAGGAAGAAAACGAAAGUUCGUAGAUCGAACAGCGAACAUGAUACUAUUAUGAACGUUGGCAUACCAAUGACAUCAGUUCCAAUAAUCCGAAGUCCAUCUGCUCGCGACGAGAAAGUGCAUCGAGUGGCCAUCUCGCCACCACUUCGAGACUAA